AUGGCGCCACGUCCACAGAGCCCAGAAAUAAAGCCAGAGGAAGACGCAUGCGCCCGGGUGGACGAGACCCCAGGGAGAGAACCCAGUAAGCCGUACGUGAGGCAGAUCUACUGGACCAACGUGGUGGGCAUCGCCGCACUGCACCUGGCCGCCCUCUGGGGGAUUACGUGGACGCCAUUCUAUGCCAAGGUGCUCACCAUCUUAUGGGCGAUCUUCCUGGGCGGCGCAGGUGGGUUCGGAGUGACGGCAGGUGCCCACCGGCUGUGGACUCACCGCGCCUACAAAGCCACGUGGCCUGCCAGGGUCAUCCUUAUGGUCUGCUACUGCAUCGCCGGACAGAACCCUUUGUACGACUGGGUGCGCGACCACCGGGUGCACCACAAGUUCAGCGAGACGGACGCGGACCCGCACAACGCCCGCCGCGGCUUCUUCUUCGCGCACGUGGGCUGGCUCAUGAUGCGCAAGCACCCGGAAGUCGUCCGCCGCGGCAAGCAGAUCGACAUGAGCGACAUCCUCGCCGACCCGGUUGUCCGCUUCCACCAGAAGUACUUUAGGCCACUGAAAUUCAUGCUGUGCUUCUACCUACCUGUGAUGAUCCCUGUGUGGCUGUGGGCUGAAGACUGGUAUCUAUCCUUGGUCGUCAAUGCCAUCAUCCGGUAUGCCUGUAGCCUCAACUUCACCUGGCUAGUCAACAGUGCUGCACAUAUCUGGGGCAACAAGCCUUAUGACAGGCGUAUCAGCCCAGUGGAGAACCGUUUGGUGGCAUUUCUAGCAAUGGGUGAGGGGUGGCACAACUACCAUCAUGCCUUUCCCUGGGACUACAAGGCAGCUGAGCUGGGUGCAUACGGCUUCAAUGUUACCACCCUGUUUUUGGACCUCUUCGCACGCCUCGGUAUGGUGUACGACAGAAGAGUGCCUUCUGAGGACCUAGUCCGUCGGACAGCACUGAUGAAUGGCGAUGGUUCUCACCCUGUGUACCGCCAAAAUGAUGUCACUGACUUGUCCCUGCAGAAAGCACCUGCCACAGGUGGUUCAUGAGACUGACCAAGCUUGCAGUGUUGUCAUCUGGCUGCGUUCGAUUUUGGCAUGUGUGAGUUGCGUGAUUCAUGCAGAAGUGGACCAUAUGCUAAAAAAACUGUAUGAAACCUAAGUAGUAGUGAAAUCACAAUUAAUUCCAUUUCUUCAAUUCUGUCUUGCUGUGUACAUGCAGACACAAGUGCACAAGAUGCAUUGGCUGUAAUGGUGGUUUUAUCAUAGUUUGGAACAGUGAUACUGCCACUACAUUGGGGCCUAAUGGCUAUGUGUUUAAGGGCUACCACGUGAGCAAAGAACACAAGAAGUUAUGUUUGUUAUUAAAGGACUCUGUGAUGAGCAAAAAAUUAAGUGUGAAACAUGUAUACAGUAUAACUUUGAUUUCUGUUUCCACUGAAGUAGAAUCCUUUCCUGUAUGGUGCAUUGUAGUACCCAAUAAGAAGUAUGUUA